AUGUCUGUUAGACCUUUUUGUGCCUUGUGUGAGGCCGCUUUUCAAGUCGAAGAAGAUAUUGUCAAUGUCUCGAAAGAUGUCCGGUCAUUGCAGUCUGCUGAAUUCGGCAAUUCUAUUGUCAAAUUCACGACGGAUAUGUUGGAAACGUCAGAAACACCAGAAACAACUGUCUCGACCCCUUCUUCUGAGUCAUCUUCUUCCGAGUCAAGUGAACAUCAUAUAACCUACUCUCACACCUCAUGGGACAACGAUGGCAAAUGGCAGAUGACAAGCCAUCCAACAUGCGUAGAAUAUCUGACAGGCCAUGGGUUGUCUCCUUGGAGGGUAGCACAGGUCCUUGCCGGAGAUUUUGGUUUAUCACUAUCUGCCACUGCUCGAAGAAGGACUCAUCUACAAAAGCUAGCUAGCAUUGGAAACUACUACAUCAGUCGUAUCUCUAAUGAGCCCAUCGACGGCACCUUUUCAAUCUUGAUUAAACCAGCGGUUGAGGAGAGCAGCUUACUAUAUGUUGCACAUGACCAUCUGGGCAUCAGAAAAAUGGUGUAUGCACUUUCCCAGUACCAGGGAAUACUCAGGCCUGCGGGAGAGACGGAUUUGUGGUGGGAGACCAUCAGCUUUAAUUCUGACCACCCAGACAUAGAGGUUAUAUCAGACGGUAUCAAACUACGCGCUUUGUAUCGCCAGGGAUCAAUGCCUGCAAAAACGUACUGGCAGAGACCUUUGAACCCUCAUUUUUUUCCGAGAGUUGUACGACUUAACAGAGGUGCCAAAGGGUUGCCAAUGGUUAAGAGAAUGCGCUCUCUUAUUUUGAACGAUGUUGGGAUGAAAUCUCUAAGCGCCGCCUGGCAAGAUUCUUGUCUGACCUUGUUCGCCCAUUAUCCGGAUUCACCAGAGAUAAACUAUCAAGACUAUGGUAUCUAUGGUUUCUGUGGUAAUUGCCGUGUUUUUCAACCUCAGUGGUUCCACUUUGUCCUUGAUGAGGGCGAACAAAUCACAGAGAUCUGGAGAUGGCAAAAGCAUUCCCGACACAGCGACAUUGUAAUGCGGACCAGCAACGGGCGAAUCUGGUCUAUCGGCACACAGGAGACGCGACAAGCAGCGGACUGGGAUCACCUCAUUAAUCUACCUGUUGGAAAACCAUCAACUAUCUACUUUGAUGAGUCACAGCGAUGUAUCAACCAACUAGCCUUUCAUGGCGAGAAGCCAUUAGUUGGGGCGACGGUAGCACCUGAGGAGACGGUUACUCCACAUGACAUGGUCGUCGACAGAUGGCGUCGGAUAGGAGUUUGCGUAUUAUAUUUCUCAGAACGACUGACUGGCUUAUCAACUAUUACUCCUUGUUGGAUCAAGGAAACGUACGGGCCAGUGCAAAUCAUGGGCUUUGUUCUUUCCUAUAUGGAUGGUCGUGUGCGUACUGUUGGCCAAGUGCGGUUGGAUUGUUUGGCUGAGCCAAUCGACACCACGGCUAGCUAUGGUAUGUCCCUGAAACGAGUACAGAUAUACAGCCGCAUGGUUAUUUUGGAUAUUCAAGUGGGUACGCAUAAAGUUGAAGCGGAUGGGUGGACAUGGUUCCCAUGGAAGGGAAAGAUAACCUGGCAUAUUUCCAUGGGCGGUGGCGGCAUCAGCGUUUUUCAUGAAGUGCCGUAG